UUUGAAGGCAGCCACAAAUCAUAAAUACCUCUUCUUCACGGACUCUUUGGUUGGCAGCGGCCUCCUCUUCGUCUUGCCUCUUUCGCUUCACGACAAAUUCCCAAUUAAUUUUAAUUUUUGUUUUCAAAUCCAUAUUCAUUGAAAUUAAUUGAUAAACAAUCAAUUACUAAAAUUUUCGAUAUAAUUUAUUCUACUUUUUACAAAUAUUAUAAGUAUUCCCGGAAAUUGAGCUCUUUAUUUUGGCGUUGAAUAUGGAUUGUGAAACGAAGGAAAAUUCUCGCGACGGGAUUGUCGUUAACGGCGAAACCGACAGCGUUUUGGGGUCUCAUGCCAACAGGAACAAGCUCAUCAUCGAUACCGAUCCCGGGAUUGAUGAUAGCAUGGCGAUCUUAAUGGCAUUCCAAAAUCCGGAUGUGGAGAUCUUAGGUUUGACGACUGUGUUUGGUAAUGUUACUACUGAGGAUGCCACUCGUAAUGCCUUACUUCUGUGUGAGAUCGCAGGGUGUCCUGGUGUUCCUGUAGCAGAAGGCAGCCCUGAACCUCUUAAGGGUGGGAGGCCACGUGUGGCUGACUUCGUUCAUGGCUCUGAUGGACUGGGGCAUAUAUUUCUACCUCCUCCGAAAUCUAAGAAAUGUGAUAGGAGUGCCUCUGAAUUUUUAGUUGAAAAGGUCUCUGAAUAUCCUGGUGAAGUAUCUGUACUUGCACUUGGACCACUGACAAACUUGGCAUUGGCGAUCAAAAGGGACUCUUCCUUUGCUAGCAAGGUGAAAAAUAUUGUUGUACUUGGUGGCUCAUUCUUUGCAUUAGGAAAUGUGAAUCCUGCUGCUGAGGCAAAUAUUUAUGGAGACCCUGAAGCGGCUGAUGUUGUGUUCACUUCGGGAGCAAAUAUUGUUGUUGUUGGGAUAAACAUUACCACCCAAGUCAAAAUGACAGACGAUGACCUCCUCGAAUUGAAGCAAUCAAAGGGAAAGUAUGCCAAGCUACUGAGUGACAUGUGCAAAUUCUACAGAGAUUGGCAUGUACGGUCUGACGGUGUAUAUGGGAUAUUCCUCCAUGACCCUGUCAGUUUUGUGGCCCUAGUUCGGCCGGAUCUCUUCACAUACAAGAAGGGGGUUGUGAGGGUUGAGACGCAGGGCAUAUGCUUGGGGCAUACAUUGAUGGAUCAAGGAUUAAAAAAAUGGAAUGGAAGCAACCCAUGGACAGGCUAUUCCCCAGUUUCCGUUGCUUGGACAGUGAACGUGGAUGAAGUCCUGAAAUAUGUUAAAAAACUGUUGAUGAAACCAUAAAAGCUGGAAAAACCACUUGACAUUUUGAAAGAUGUCCUGGAGAUUGGGAUGCCUUCGAUUUCCGCUAAAGGGCCCCUUGUAAUUUUAUUCUCUUCUUGCUACGCAUUUUUAGGUUUAAAAGGCUCAUAAUUGUUCUCAUGUUGGAGGAUUUUUUCUUUAUUGGAAAAACCAUUCAAUUUGAUGAUCCUCAAGUAAUCAGAAACUGUAAAUGAUGCUUGAUCAUAAAUAUUUAAUAUCACUAAGUCUUGAUGCAUUGCUACACAAUAUUUUAGUGCUGAUAAGUCCUUUGCCUAUCCCUUCUUCUGCAAAAAAAAAAAAAGAAGUCAAUCUCAGAUAUUAGAAAAGCUUAAAUUAUAAAUUUAGGAGUCGAAAUCACCAAUGGAAGCUCUGUUCCAUGCAAAUACAGAUCAUUCCUACGUUACUAAGAAUAAUCUUGAGGACACCUUAUUAUAAAUUUUGUCUGGACCAAAACAAAAGUAGAAAUUUAAUGUCCUUUAUUCAGCAGAGCAAGUAAAUGA